AUGGAAACCACCAUUGUUCCCUUCGCCGCUCUCCCGAGCUGUGGCGUCAAGUGCGGCCACCUCUACGAUGCCAACGGCGCCUGCGUUCCUCCCGCCAAGCCCAGGGGCGACCUGGGCACCUACGCCUCGUGCUUCUGCGCCGACCCGCGCGUCUCCCCCUUCGCCGCCGGCGUCAGCGGCGUCUGCGACGACGCCUGUGCCGGCGCCGACCUGACCUCCGUCCGGAACUGGUUCACGAGCUUCUGUGCCGCCAACGCCAAGGGCGUGCAACAGCAGACCACCACAUCCUCGUCCUCGACAUCAACGAGCGGCUCCAACAGCGGUAGCAACGUCGGGGUCAAGCACCCGGGUCCCGGUGGUAACUGGCUCACGCACCACUGGCAGUGGGUUAUUUUCAUCGUCGUCAUGGUUGUCGGUAUCGCGGGCAUCUGGAUCGGCGCCUGCAUCUGGCGCCGCCGCUACCUGCGCAAGAAGGAUCGGCAGUACGCCCUCGGCAAGCGCGGCGGCCUCCCGUCCAGCCAGUCGCAGCCUUCGGUCCACAUGCCUCAUGCCGGCAUGUUCUCCGCCGCGUCGAUAUCCGGUGCCGGUGUCUAUGGCGAAAGCGCUGAGAAGAAGAAGGACCGCAAGAAGUGGGUUGUCUCGGAGAGGACGUGA